AUGGAUUUGAUCCGAAGCCGUCGUGUUCGAAUAUUUCGACGAGCACGCGAAGCUACCCAGCAGGGUUGGGCAAACACAAAAUCGUGGAAAAUUGAGUUGGACAAUCAAGAAAGAUGGGAGAACCCUCUGAUUGGAUGGUCCAGCACAGGCGAUCCGCUGAGUAAUAUCGCGAUGGCGCUGGAUUUUGCCUCAAAGGAAGAUGCAAUUCAGUACUGUGAGAAAAAUGAGUUCAGUUACGAAGUGAUCGAGCCAAAUGAGCGCAAAAUCGAGCCGAAAACAUAUGCCGAGAACUUCUCGUGGAACAAACGAACAAGGAUAACGAACAAAUGA